CUGCUCCUAUCGCCGCUCGCUCGUCGAGGACGAGCAUGCGGAGUACAACGGCAAACGGUUCGGACACGCACCCGAACAUGGACCGUGGCAUCUUCAAAGGUUAUGAAUGAGUUUGACCGGCAAAUAUCUGUCCCGAGUGCCGUCAUCUUCGAUCCGGGCCUCCGUAAGAAAAUAUUGUUUGAAGACGAAGAAUUGAGCACCAUUAAACACUACGUCUGGGCUUUGCAGAGUAUCCGCGUCUUCGCCGAAACCGUCGAACGAACUAUAGCCUACAUUCCCAGAAUGUUCCAAUCUAUCCACCUUCUAGACGAGUCGGGUGACCACGGGAACGAGGACGACGGUUUGAGAGAGAGCUUCAAGCUUCUACUCGCGCGUAUCGAGCGCAAGCGCGAGGAAGUCAAAGGCCUCAGCGACGUACUCUCGGCAACUUCCACCGUGGUAGAAGCACGACUAGCGGCAAACCAGAGUCAGAACGUUCGCUUGUUAAAGUUGGUGACGAUUGCGUUUCUGCGCAUCUCGCUGGUUACAGCGUUGUUCAGCAUGCAGGUGCUUCCCUCGGGCGCAACGCUAUCAUCAUUCUUCGUCACUACCAUUGUCGUCAGCCUGGUUACAUUCUUGAUAGUUUUCAAUCUCCGGAAUACCAGUCGGCUGCUGAAAAAGAGCUACGGCGAGUGGACGGAAAGCCUACAGAAGAGCAUGAUAAGCGCCCAGCAGCCGUGGAAUGAUCGCGGACAGCUGCUCCAAGCGGCAGACCAGUUCAAGCGAGAGCAAUACCCGAUUAGUAACUGGUGGUAUCUGGGGUUUCUGUCGACUUAUUUGGCGCGCAAGAAUUCACGCCAGACACGGGGAAGCACCGAUGAGCAGCGAGUGGGAGAAUCGCUGGGUUAGCCGAGGGAUGUUUAGCUGUAUCUUUCGUCACGAUGUAGAGAAGGCAAUCUACCUAGUUUAUUCAGUACCGAUUCGGAAUG